AUGGUUGAGGUGUUGAAGAAGGAAGAGGAAAUGGCUGCAUUGGAUGAAUUCAUUCAAGGUGUCACUCCGUACCCACCCGCUCCACCCGAACCACCACUCAUGGCAUCCGAUGCCAAAUCCACUCCCCUCACUCCGCCAAUCCCUCCACCUGAGCAGAUACCCGUCGAUAAGACCAUACCACCAAUGCAAUCACAAUCCAAAUCACCGAACUCAUUCAAGGAGACUUCCGUUUGA